AUGUCCGCCCGAACCGCCGCCCCCAAGGGCGACCUCGGCAAGGUCCUCGUCGUCGGCGGCAACGGCUUCCUCGGCCACCACAUCGUCAACCAGGCCCUCGACGACUGGCACUGCCGCCACGUCGUCUCCGUCGACCUGCGCUGCGACCGCCACCGCCGACCCGACGCCACCUACCACGAGUGCGACAUCACCGACGGCCCCAAGCUCGCCGCCCUCUUCGAGUCCCUCCGGCCCGACGUCGUCAUCCACACGGCCUCCCCCGUCGCCAGCGACAACGCCGUCCACCGCGAGCUCUUCCGCCGCGUCAACGUCGACGGCACCGCCAGCGUCGUCGCCGCCUGCCGCGCCGCCCGCGUCAAGGCCCUCGUCUACACCUCCUCCGCCAGCGUCGUCAGCGACUUCCAGUCCGACCUGCGCAACGCCGACGAGCGCUGGCCCGUCAUCCGCGGCGCCCAGCAGCCCGAGUACUACUCGGAGACGAAAGCCGCCGCGGAGGAGCUCGUCACCGCCGCCAACCGUGUGGGUCAGGAUGGCAAGUUGGGAACGCUGCUCACGACGUCGAUCCGGCCGGCCGGCAUCUUUGGCGAGGGCGACGUGCAGGCGCUCGCAGGCCUGCUCGGCGCCUACCGCACCGGCAAGUCGCGCGUGCAGCUCGGCGACAACGACAACAUCUUUGACUUCACCUACGUCGGCAACGUCGCGCACGCGCACCUGCUCGCCGCGCGGCUGCUGCUCGCCACCGCCGCCGCCGGCACCACGCCGCUCGACCACGAGCGCGUCGACGGCGAGACCUUCUUCGUUACCAACGACGAGCCCGUGUACUUUUGGGACUUUGCGCGCUCCGUCUGGCGCGCCGCCGGCAACCCGGACGGCACCGAGGGCGUCUGGCGCAUCCCCCGCGACCUCUCGCUCCUCCUCGGCAUGGCCAGCGAGAUCUUUAGCUCGAUUACGCGGCGCAAACCCACGUUCACGAAGCAGCGCGCGGUGCUGUCCACGAUGACGAGGUACUACAACAUCGCCAAGGCCAGGAGCGUGCUUGGCUACGAGCCCCAGUGGUCCCUGCAGGAGGGCGUCGACCGCGGCGUCAAGUGGUUCCUGGAGAAUGAAAAGGCCGAGAAGGCGGCGAAGGCAUAG